GUUCCCCUGCCCCCCAACUUAACAACUGAAAUGUAAGGAGGAUUGAGCAGAUAGGAUAUAAGGUACAACGCACCACUAACCACUUACACCUUCCUAUCACCAUGCACCCAACACUGGUACUUACCCUCUGCUUCAUCACUGGGAUCAAAGCUCCCCCAGUUCAGCCUUCCACUUCCUGCUCGGCCCCCUGUGAUUGGACUCCAUGGAUCAACGUGGACAGGCCGACCAACAAAACUGAUGGCGGAGACUUUGAGACGCUGGAUAGAAUCAGAGAGGCGGGAUACCGUAUCUGCCAGGCACCAUGGGGAAUUCAUUGUCGUUCCGUCCGAUUCCCAUAUGUCCCCUUCAAUGAGCUUAAGGAUGUGGCCGAGUGCAGGGCUAGUAAUGGCCUGACCUGCUCUAACCAGGACAAUGGGGGGGAAUGCCUGGAUUAUGAGGUGCAGUUUUUGUGCUGCCCCUGUCACCAGAUAUCCAAUUCCCCAGAGAAAAGAACCCCACCACCUCUGGAAGAAAGUACAGGCAGUGCAGACAAUAAUUCCCAGAAGCCAAAUUGUUACUGGUCCCAGUGGUUUAACGUCUACAGGCCAACAUCAGGCCCAGAUGGUGGAGACUUUGAGACUUUUGAGAACAUAAGGGCUGAAGGGCAUGCUGUAUGUAGUGCACCUCAAGCAGUGAGUUGUAGGCUAGCCAGAUUUCCCUAUAUCCCCUUGGAUCAACUGUCCUACACUCAGGAAUGUGGGGUUUCUCUAGGCUUGGUUUGUGAAAAUAAAAAUCAAGGGAAUGACAGCUGCUUGGAUUACGAGAUCAAGAUUUUAUGCUGCACUUACGAUAACCCCACUGGUGCACCAUUGAUAGAUCCCUCCAUAUUGGGUCAAAAAGGCCAGUUGGUUAAUGCUACAGAAGCCACAAAAAUUACUACAACAGUGCUCUCUAAUAAUAAUCCUGAAGCUACUCCACUAUUUGAUAAACAAGAAACCUCAUCUGGCAUGGAAGAAGUCUUCUCUCCUGUGCCUCCUGCAUCAAUCGCUACAACAUUGUCCCCCAAUAACAAUCCUGAAGUUACUCCACUAUUUGAUGAACAAGGAAGCUCAUAUGGCAUGGAAGAAGUCUUCUCUCCUGUGCCUCUGGCAUCAAUCGCUACAACAGUGUCCCCCAAUAACAAUCCUGAAGUUACUCCACUAUUUGAUGAACAAGGAAUCUCAUCUGGCAUGGAAGAAGUCUUCUCUCCUGUGCCUCUGGCAUCAAACGCUACAACAGUGUCCCCCAAUAACAAUCCUGAAGUUACUCCACUAUUUGAUGAACAAGGAAUCUCAAAUGGCAUGGAGAAAGUCUUCUCUCCUGUGCCUCUGGCAUCAAUCGCUACAACAGUGCCCCCCAAUAACAAUCCUGAAGUUACUCCACUAUUUGAUGAACAAGGAAGCUCAUCUGGGAUGGAAGAAGAUGUUUCCACAAAAGUUAAGAUGACAGUGUUCCCCAACAAUAAUGAAACUACUCCAGUAUUUGAAGAACAAGGAAGCUCAUCUGGCAUGGAAGAAGUCUUUUCUCCUGAGCCUUUGGCAUCAAUCACUACAACAGUGCCACCCAAUAACAAUCCUGAAAGUUCUCCACUGUUUGAAGAACAAGGAAGCUCAUCAGGGAUGGAAGAAGUCUUUUCUUCUGUACCUUCCACAAUUACAAUGACAGUGCUCCCUGAUAAUACUACUCCAUCUGGCAUGGAAGAACUCAACUCUCCUGAGCCUUCGACAACAAUUACUAUACGAGUUCACUCCAAAAAGUCAUUUGAUGUAAGCUCAUUGCUUAAACCUUAUACUCCCAUAUUUUUCAUUGAUCCCAUAUAUUCACCUACAGAAAAACCAAUUGAUGAACCUCUAGAAAAAAAAGAGGAGUAUCCUAUGCCUUCUUCCCCAAUUAGAAUCACAUUUCCAACUGACUAUAUUCUUGAUGGGUCAGGAAAUUCGAUAGACAUAAUAGACAUGGUUGAUAACCUUACGGAGCAGGAGAAUGCUCAGCCAACUAAUUCCACAGAUACUGUUUAGAGCAGGUGUCCACCAUCUUUGAUCCGACCCAAUUACCAGAAUAAGAAUAAUUUCUUGGAGACAAGAAUGAACGGAAGGUUUGGCACUGGGCAUUGGGAGUGUUGGCCAGUAAAGAAGAUCAGAUAAGGUGUUACUGGUAAAACAAAGGCAAUCCUUAACGUUCAAUGUUUAAUUGCCUUGGUUAAAAUACUUGAUACCAUUUUUUCUUAUUGGAUCAACCCCUGUAUGUUUAUUUAUGGCUCUGUGCAUGCAAUGGACUGCAACCGAAUUUACUGUACAAUAAAAACACUGGUCACUAGACCAGGAUUCAGGGAUGGGGACUAUGUACAUUUCCUGCUGAAUUUGUUUAAUAAAUAAUCUGUCUGAAUUGUUUGAAAAAAA